GCUGUCAACAUAAUACCAACAACGUGUUACACCGACGCCGACAUGCAGCAGCGGUGAUAGCACUCUCAAGGCCAGCAUGGAGGCCUAUCCACCUGAUUAUGUCCAGCACAACCUGCCGCUGGUAUUGCUGUCUGGCUUGGGACAGCUGGACCGCGAUUCGGCCAAGUCGCCUCCUGCCCGACAGGAAUCUGGCGCCCGGAUUUCGACCGAAUCGCCAGAAUGCCAUUCAGAUCAAGCAAAGCGACUUCUGCAAGCGUUCCGAUCGUUAGACGGCACAGACCGUGCCUGGAACUCUUCAGCCCAGCCUGGCCCCACAAGUAGCAUUCGAUUCAAGAUCAAAGCUGUCGGCAGGACUUACAGUCUUCCGCCCCGGAAAGCUGCCCCCUUACCACAGUCACCGGGAGCAGAAGGUCCGCAUGUUGCGAGGAACACCGAAUUGCACUCCCCGUUGUCACCUCUGUCGCCAGGCUCGCCAGUCUUCCCUGAUGGCGUUUUCACGCCUUUGUGGUUGCACAAACAUCAAGAGCAAGUGCCUUGCCUCGUGCUGGCUGCGUUCCAGAUCAGUGCCAACGAGGCUUCGCAGGAUGAGCGCCUGAGAGGAGACAUCAAUGCUAUCCGCAAUGCUCUUACCCGCUCUAUGUUCAAGACCCGCUUUGCAGUAUUGCUCAUUAGCGAUCGAAGUAUUCUCGAAGCGCCGGACCUGGAAGAUCGGCUGGGCAUGAUACGCAGGGCAACAAACUUGGACUCCAAGUCGGGGUUAUUCUUCAUGCCUCCAAUGGGCUCAGAUGCUGAGAUUGAGACUUUCGUUCAUGACAUGAUGAAGGUCUUGCAGCCGCAAUGUGUAGACUAUUACCGAGACUUGACUAAGCAUGCCCGGCGCAAGAAAGCGAGAGGUGGUCCUCCUCCCCUAUCGCACACGCCAGUAGGUGGAGCAUCUCAAGCGACGACCCAAUCUGGUUGGAAUGUGCGAUACGAGUUCAAGCAGGCCGUGUUCGCGGAAUACAGACAGGAAAUGGAUGUAGCUGAGCGACAUUUCGCUGCCGCUCUGGAAGAACUCUUCAGUACUGAGGGCGGUGUCCUCGAGACGACGACAAAUUGGUCCCCAAGAUGGAACGAAGCAAGAUUGUUGUCAGACGUGACUGCUUUGCGAAUCCUUCGAUGUCAAUUGUGGCUGGGGCAAACCACAGGCGCUGUCCAAUCAUGGAUGAGUUAUAAGCACCGCAUGAAAGACCUGAUCGACCUGCGAGGCAAGGGAUCAGGAACGUAUAGCUGGGCUGCUUGGGAGGGUAGAUGGGCUGUCAUCAUGUCACAGUUGAUUCAGCGUGCUGAGGUCCCUUCCUUGCAAAGACCUCCCCCUGAAAGUUCUUCGGAACUAGCAGUGUUUGUCGAACCAGAAAGAGUUGCUUUAGCGACAGAGCGACUACGUCCGUGGGACUUGCUGCAUCAUCCAGGCUACUGGCUCCGGCUUCUUUCUCAAGGCAUUCGAGCUCGAUGGGUAAGGGCUCUGGCUAUUCCAGAUGAGGACCGCUUAUCACCAGGGCAAUCGCCAGCCUCGUCAGUAGCGAAUCGCUGGAAAACGUACGAUGCAUAUCUCGUACCCGACCCUCACGAGGAAAUGUCCGUAUCCGCGGAGGGAGGCCACGAUCAUGUCGCAGAGCUUGGAACUGCUUGCACGCAAGCGUCCAAGGAAUUCGCCGCUCGUCAGCAAUUGCGUAUGAGCGAGCAGAUAAGACUUGAACUUGCCGAAGACUUGAUUUCGGCAGGCCAACCCUCGGAUGCCAUCAAGCUACUGAUGGAAAUAUGGGAAAGCUGCACAUGGCGAGAAGACGAGUGGCACAUCCCAUUUGCACGUCUACUGCGUAUGCUUCUUGACUGUGCACGCCAAGGAGACACGGAGCAAUAUUCCUCGAUGAUACCAGCCGUGACAUGGGAACUCCUUGCUAUUGCAAGCGAUGGUUCAUCGGACACACCGCUGGAUUUGAUGAAUUGCGUGCCCGCGCCGUCCGAGAAUGGCGCUAUCGCAUUGACAAACAGAGACGGAGACAGGCUAUGUCCUUUCGUUGUGUCGUUUGCCUUCGCAACGCAGAGCAGUUAUGUCGGUGAGUCGCAACAAUGUCAGCUGACAUUGAUGCUGAACACUGCCACGACGGCGAAGCCGAUACAGCUCUCGUCCGUCCAUAUUCGACUCGGGAAGAAGCAGGUGCACGUUAAUCACGAGUCUGACAGCACGCAAAGCUCGACAGCACCGGAACUGACGAUCUUGCCAUCGUUUGCUGAGCACGAUAGCGGCAGCUCCGAUGUCACAGCAGACUUACUCUUCAGCCCACAGAGUCCCAAGACUUUUCAGUUCGAGAUCAUGCUUCGUGAGGCGCAGGUGUGCCGCAUCGACGAGGUGAUCAUUUAUGUCAAAGAACCCAGCUUCAAUCUGGAGCAUGUUCUGGCAGAUCAUUGCGUCUUACCUCUAAACCGGUGGCAGGUUCGGGGCGACGAAAAAGCUGACAGUGUGUUGCUUCCUCACGUGGACCCCAAAGCAAUUACAAUAUUGCCGAAGCCACCGAAACUGCAGAUCUCGCUGUUAGAGCCGCGAAAGAAUUACUUCACUGACGAGCAUAUACGCCUGCGCGUGAACGUGUUCAACGAGGAAACCGAUUGCAUAAGCGGUACAAUCACACCCGCGCUUGUUGGCACCACCGACGACCCAGCAACGAGUCUGAAAUGGGCUAGUGACGACGCUUCUGGUGCACCGGCAGUAAUAUCGGAGCUCUCUGCGUCCUCGAGUACAACGAAAGAACUUCUCUUACAAGCACCCACUGAAGCAUCGAGCAUCGCUUUGACGCUGGAGGUGCAGUACGCUCUGAAAUCAGAUCUCGACACCGUUCUGUCGAAAGCUGUCACUUUCGAUCUGUCCUUCGUGCCUGCCUUCGAAGCCACCUUUACGUUCUUACCUCGAUGGAAUCCGGACCCAUGGCCGAGCUAUUUCUCGAAUACCAACACAGACAUCCCCACUGGCAUUAAGCAACAAUGGGGAUUUUGCGCUCAAUUGUCAUCGCUGACCGAUCAAGAUGUUCUGCUGCGCACAUUGGAAGUUGUUGUGCACGAGGUACAGGGUGAUGUGUUAUGCACCGUUGCGGAGGCUACACGAACCAACGAAGUGCUGCUUACGGCGCAGGCGAGGCACAUGUCGGAAUUCGAGCUUAUUUCACAAAAGCUUUCUCUGGAUGAUCGCCGAGCAAGCCAUAUCGACCUUUCGUUGAUUGCAACGUGGUCGGUAGGGACUGCUACUGAAACGGCAGAAACGAUCAUUGCUGUGCCUCGCCUCACAGUCCCUACGUCGGAGCCUAGGGUGCUCUGUACGAUCGAACGUGGUCAAACGGGUGCGAGCCCCAUCUUACGCUACCAUCUUGAGAACCCCUCUACUCAUUACCUCACGUUUGCUUUGACGAUGGAAGCAAACGACGACUUCGGGUUCAGCGGACCCAAGUAUCGUGCUCUCAGCCUUACGCCGCUCAGUCGAAGCCAGGUCGAGUAUCGACUACAGCUUCACAAUGAUACAGAAGGAGGCUCCUGGAUAUCUCCGAAUCUGCAGGUUGUCGAUUCGUAUUACAACAAAACUCUGCGAGUCCACCCAGGUGACGCUCACGUCAAGCUAGCUGCCGAUAAGACGGUUCAAGCCUGGACGGGAGUGGACGACGAGACCACUUCAUGAGGUGCAUUGAUCCGGUUUAUUCUUUCGAUGCAGGAGCACGGUUGAGGCGCUCCUGUCAGUAGCGACGCCCGGACUUGCACUGGAUCGAAGAUUCUCUACGGCACGAAAAGCAAUCACCAGAUUUUCUGGCGUCGUGGAUCGC